AUGGAAGUGACACUGUCCUCUGGGAUGAACGAAGAAACCAUUCUAUUCAUAGAAGCUGUCAUCGAAGAGAAUUUCACUGGCCGCUUCGAUACUGAUUCGCUGAAUAAAAUUCAGGAGAAUAUCUCGGAGGAAACUGGGGGAUUCAGUACUAUGAAGAUCCCUAUAUGUUUGCCUCCACUUCUUUCAGAAGAAGUCCCAGUUUCGUGGUUCUUGAUGUCAGUGGAAAUGGAGUAG